AUGUCGUCAUCGGAUCAACCAACAUCAAAAGAAGACUUGCAAGAAUUUCUUGAUUCCCUCCAAGAUUUCAAUCCAGCGAUUCCGGAUGAAAUCAUUGCCUAUUACUUACAGCAAAGCGGGUUUAAAACAACAGACAAGCGAAUUCUUCGAUUGGUUUCGCUAUCAGCAUAUAAAUUUCUUUCGGAAAUAUGUAAAGAGUCUCAUCUAUUUUGCACAAGACGAACACCAAAACAACAAGGAAAAGAACCCCGAUAUGUUCUAGCAACAGAAGAUUUGGCUCAAUCUUUGAAAGAUUACGGCAUUGAGAUCCACAAACCUGAAUACUUUUCCGAUAAUUUAGUGAAUGAACAGAUCCAAACACGAUCAUCAGCUGCUUCAUCAUUAUCGUCAGGAUCUUCACUUCAACCUUCUGGACAGCCUGGUUCUUCGAAUGCUCCCUCUAAUGACUAG